AUGGCGAACGGCAUCACUGGAGUCUGGCGCUCCUUUUGGCACACCAUGACGUCCAAUGACCGACACGCCUCGCCCGACAUGCCCUACCGCACCGGCGCUCACACUCCUCUCGCUCAAAGUCGGCACGCUCCCCUGACUUCGGUCGCUACUGCCGCAGAGUCUCGCACCGACCUCAACAACCCCUACGCUCAAGACAAUGACUUCAUGCCCGCCAGUGGUCGCAUGUCGCCAAAUGGCCCUUACUCACCCGGCCUCCGCUCUACAAUGCAGCGCCAAUCCAGCUCAGGGAACCUCGAGGGCGUUGGUCAAGGCGAAAUCCAAAUGCAGAGUUUCUCAGAAGGCCUCCCUCCCCCACCGCCUGUCGGCCACUCGUGGAGACGCAUCGACCAAUGGGCCGAGAACAACCACGAAGAGCUGUUCGAGAACCUGUGUGAAGGUUGCACUCAAAAUGAUGUUAACGAACUCGAACACGAGCUUGACUGCACACUACCCAUGGAGAUGCGCGAAUCGCUGAUGAUCCACGACGGCCAAGAACGCGGCGGCAGACCCACCGGUAUUCUCUUUGGCUGCAUGCUUCUUGACUGCGAGGAGAUUGUUCAAGAGUGGAAACAGUGGGCUCGUGUUGGUGACGACUACCUCCGCGCUUCGUCUGCUCCCUUCGCAACCCCGCAAGUCCCCAACAAGGCCUUUGCUGGCUCCUCUGCUCAGCCCUCGGCCACAUCGUCUUCGCAAUCCGCUUCGGGCGCUGGCUGGCGUUCUGAGCUCAUGUCAAAACAGGACUCGCACCCGCCAAACGCCGUACAAAAAGCCUACGUCCACCCCGGAUGGAUUCCUGUUGCAAGAGAUUGGGGCGGUAACAACAUCUGUAUCGAUCUGGCUCCUGGCCCUGCUGGAAAAUGGGGUCAGGUUAUUCUGAUCGGUCGCGAUUAUGACUGCAAAUACGUCGUCGCUCGUUCGUGGUCUGCUUUCUUGGCCAGCGUCGCCGACGAUUUCAGCACCCCUAAGGCCAUCGUUGAUGAGGAUUCUGGCGAGCUCACCCUCCGCGAAUUCAAGAACCAAAAUGUCGAUCCUUCGUACAUGGACAUCCUGCGCUGGCGCACCGACCAAAAGUACGGCCGCCGCAUUCCUAAGGGCGCCCGCCCUCAGCAGCCUCUCCGCAUCAACAGCAAUGUCAAGAAUGAGUUCAGCAGUCUUAACGGAUUCUCUCCUUAUGCCUCUCCCACUGGUAGCGACCGUGGCCGAAGCCCUCAGCGCUUCUCUAGCAACGGCAAGGCUCCUGCAAACCAGAGCCCGCGAGGCCACGUGAGCAGCCCUCUUGCUCGUGUUGCUGAAGAAUCGGCCCCCACGCCUCUCAACACUGACAACCUUGACGCCGUACUCGAAACCUCCAAGAGCAACGACAACCUGCUCAGUAUGGAUUCGCCGCUCCCUCCCACCGUCGAGACUUUCGCCGAUCAAGACCGCAAGGACCAAAAGGAAAAGGCUGAUUCGGCCAUCACAUCUUCGGACGAAGCGACAAAGGGCGGUGCAGUUGACACUGAAGAGAUGAAGACUGUCGAGAUCUAG